GCCUGGAGAAGGAGGGAAACAAGAAAGCAAAUCAUGUAUCUUGCUGCUCAGUUCAUUUAUUCCAAGAUAUUACGCAGCAGGGAUCGUGCCCUGGAGUUUGAGCGGGAGGAAGAUUCUGAUCCUUUCUGGAACAGGUUGGGAAAUCUGUAGUCUGCUGUUUACUCUUAGGAGACAUGGGCAAUGAGCGAGCCCUCGGUGCCCCUCUGUAUCCAGACCCUCUCCUUCCUCCCUUGGGGGCAGUAGUGGCGUGCUUGCUUCACAUCGCUGUAUUUGUUGUAGCUGUGCUAUAUAGCUGUGUCCAGAGGUUGGUCAACAAAAAUGAUGGAAGUCCAGACAAAAGACAACAUGCUGCAGAGAAAAACAAGACACAGGUCCCCAAAAAUGGCCCAGUGCAAAGUGACAAAAAUGGUCAUCGUGUUCCUCCAAUUCACCCUGAGAGGCUGAAGGACUUUGCAGAAGAUGAAUACCUGGAUGGAAACCAUACCACAUGGGAAAUGAAGAUUUCCGGAAACCCAGAGCAACCAUUGAAAGAUGCUGUUGAACCUGUUGCUAUAAAAGUCCGAAAGCCAAGUGUACGGCCAAAGAAUGAGUUCUUGAGAUUUGAAGAUAUCAGUGCAGCAGCUUUUAAAAUUCAAAGUGGUGUUCAAAAGACCCCCUGCAUGUAUUCAAGAAUUUCAAAACAAUAUGGCGUAGACAUUUACCUGAAGAAAGAAUAUCUACAAUAUACAGGAUCUGUGAAAGAAAGGGGUGUUCUGUACCUUCUAACAUCACUCCACGAGGAUCAGCAGAGAAAAGGAGUGAUUGUGGCCACAGACAGUAAUUUUGCCAUGGCUGUAGCUUUCCAUGCUUCAGAGUUACAAAUCCCUGUGUUUGUCAUUAUGUCAGCUGGGACAUCCCCAAACCGUGUCAAAAUGUGCCGUGACUAUGGGGCAAUGGUUGUUUUAUUUGGACCCACGGCAAAAGAUGCCCAGAGCCACGCCCGAAGACUGGCGCAAGAGAAUGGUUACCUCUAUAUUGAGGAGGAAGACAGUGCUGGCUAUCUUGCUGGGCUGGGAACAGUCGGGCUAGAGAUAUAUGAGCAGGUGCCCAAUAUAGAUACCAUCAUAUUUCCUGCAGGUGGACAUUGUGGCUUGUUAGCUGGAUCAGCAGCUGCCCUAAAGCAUCUCAAUCCAAAAAUUACAGUGAUUGGUGUGGAGAGUGAAAAGUUCCCCAUUGUACAACAAGCACUGAAAACAGGACGCUGCAUGACAGAACACGAAUAUCUCACUCAUCCCUUGUACGGGGAGCUGGGUGGACCUUCGUUUGGUGCAAACACAUUAAAGCUGACCAAGAAGCUUAUAGAUCAGGUUAUAUCAGUGAGAGAGGAGGACGUGUUGUUGUCCAUGCUGAGGUUGCUAGAGUGUGAGAGGGUUACGGCAGAUGCAGAAGGAGCAAUGGGACUGGCAGCUAUAAUAUCUGGAGCACUCCCGGACCUGAAAGGGAAAAGGGUGGCUGUGGUUGUGUGUAGCGGGAACCUGCCAUUGCCUUUACUUCGCCAUUGCUUGGACAGAGCUCUGGUUCUGGAUCAUCGUGUGUGCAAAUUUUCUGUUGUGCUGCCAGACUUUCCUGGGGAGAUCACUAAACUUUUGGAAGCCAUUGGACGAGAAGAAGUCAGGGUUCUGGAUAUGCAAAAACAGAACAUCUUCUUGAGCACUGAUCUGUUCACCUUGGAGGUAACAUGCUUGGUGGAGACUAGAGAUAAGACACACUCUCUACAGUUAAGGACAUCCCUUGCAGAGAGGUAUUCCACCCUGAAGUGGAUAGAGCACUAAGAAAGAUCAACAUGGAAAACAUUUCCAUUUCUAUUGUAUAAAUGCCAAGACAAUUUUGUUAAAAGUGUUAAAAUCUGCAUACAAAUGGUAAAGACUUGGUUAAGCGGUAAGACUUAGAUUGUGACCCAUGCUGCUGAAGACACACACUGUGUCUUGCUAAGAUGAGAAUUAUGUAGGUAAUACAUUAAGCAUUAACUUGUUGUUCCAUUUUGGUAUUUUUGGAAAAAUGUUUUCCAAUAUAAAUUCCUUUCUAGUAGUAUGAAAAAUAUAUUAGGAAAUUGUAUUCACAGCCUCUGUGUAGCUUGGAGGCCAUCUAAGAAUUUAUAGUUUUUUCCUGGUAAGUUUUAUCCUGCAAUCCAUGUACUAGAUAGAAACAUAGAAUGUGUCGGCAGAUAAGAACCAUUUGGCCCAUCUAGUCUGCCCAAUCCCUAAACACUACCAUGGUUGUUAAACUACUUUCAUAUCGGCAUUUAGAAAUCCAGCAGGGUGUUCUGGCAGAAUUUCAGCCAAAUUUCAAAACGCUUAUGAGAUUAGUCACAAUACGUUUGGCCAUAUCGGUUUACCAGGCAGUUAAGAUGUUUUGUCACUAUUGUAAACAGUUUGCUAUUACAAUUUAAACUAA